AUGUUUACCGAAAGCAAUGCAUUCAACGCAUGGUUUAGCUCUUCAUUAUCACCGCAACCGUCGCGAAGACACCACAACCGUAACAAUCGCCCACUCGUUGGGGCAUUAGAGGCGCUCGUUGUCGGGCGCAUUGGUUCCGGAAGAAUGUCUUCGCGAAUGCCGGGCAAUGCGAUGAAUCCGCUGAACAUGGCGUGUGUGCCGCCAGCGAUGCCCGCAAUGCCGUCGCCGCUCAUGUGUUCAAUGCCUGCCAUCGUUCCGGCCAUGAAUAUCGGCGGCGGCGGUGCUGUCGGCGGUGGUGUUGCCGGCGCUGACCAGUGGUCUGCCGUUUGGACGACUCCACCGAAUGCCUAUCAAUUCAAUUACCCGUUGAGUCACCAGUCGUUGUCGGCGGCGAUGGCGGGCCAACCCGUGCCAUACGUGAUGAAUGGUUUCGCCAACACGUGGAACACUAUUCCAGUGAUGAGACCGCAGAUGAACGCGUUUAUGGCCACCAAUCGGGCCGACAAUCAUAUGUUCAAUCAUAUGAAUGGUAUCGGGAGUCAGACUUCCGUGCCAUCGAUCCAUCAAAGAUAUGCCACUAAUUGUGAUAACAAUAACUCUACUAAUAAUAACAAUUGUACGCAAACUUCACAACAGAUGAACGCACGGAACAAGUCUUUCGAUGUCGUCGACAGUCACUCAUCCCGUCAUACUGUGUCCGCAGAGCCAGAGUCAAAGAGGAAGCGACGCUCAGACAGUAAGUCAACGGCCGAUGAAUCGUCCAAAGGAGUCAACAACGAAGACAUGAAACCCAGAGUGAGAGCGAAUGAGACGACAGAUAAGAAGCCGACGACGCCUUCUUCGGCACCGAAGAAAGAGCCAAAUCCUAUAAUCGCUGAAACGGAACAGAUAUUCACCAAACCUAUCGACUGGUGGCGCUGUUCACCCGCCGAUCUCUUCUAUGAGCCACAGCGGGACAGCUCGGAGUCGAUGACCGCCACUAAACGGCUCAUCGAUUUGCGCGAUAAGUUUCGGUACGAAUUGUUGGAAAGGAGUGAACGAGCGCUUCAACACAAACCAAAGUUUGAACCCCCGGUGCGAACCAUACGACUAAAAGUCCCCAAAACCGUGCCGACGAGCAGUGAUUCCUCCAGUUGUGAAAGUGAUAGCAACGAUGACGACUGCGAAGACACCGCUUACGAAGAAUUGCAGCGAAAGAAAAGACAUCCAUUGAGACUACACGAAGAGUUGUGGUAUAACGACGCCGGAGAGAUGAACGACGGCCCGCUCUGCCGGUGCAGCGCGAAGGCCCGCAAAACCGGCAUUCGUCACGGCAUAUACCCGGGCGAAGAGCAUCUGCCGCUUUGCGACCCGAACGGCAACAAUCGGCACCGUUUGCAUCACUAUCGGGUGGCCAUUACGCCCAACACUAACUUCUUGACCAAAUUCCCGACAGUAAUCCCACACGACGGCCACGACUUUGUGUUUGAGGGCUAUUCGCUGCUCUCGCACUGGCCGUUGACUAAUCCCAUCCCCUGUAAAGUGAUUCGCUUUAACAUCGAAUAUACGGUCACUUUUGUUGAGGAGAAGUUUCCCACAAAUUUUUCGGUCUUAGAUUUGGAGUUUUUUACACGUUUUGUGUUCAAUGAGAUCCUAGAGUUAGUGGAUCUCAACUUUAAGGCCCAUAUGGAGGGCGACGACGGGUGUCCGCGCUUUCACUUUUUGCCCCGUUUUUCCCGCCUCUUGGAUGAGAACGGAAAAGAGUUGCUAUCACUCAAUGUGGUCCUCCAGUACUUGUUGAACAACAAUCGGCUCAUCAUCGAUGAGAACCGUUUGGAUGAAUAUAAGGGCAUGAGUGGCGACGAGUGGCAGUCAUUUGCCAAACAUCUGAAGGGAAUGAUUGUCUCUUAUCCGGGAAUGAAGCCGUCGUCUCUGCGCGUCGAUCAGAUCGAUAGGGAAACCGACGAUUUGAUCGACGGUAAGGUCGCUGCCGGCGAUCUCAGUGACGAUCAACAGACCGGCGAAAACGAUGGUAACAGCGAGAAGAGUAGUGGCGAUGGGUUUCCUGUGAUCGUUCACUUUGGUAUACGUCCGCCGCAACUGAGUUACGCCGGGAAUCCUAAAUACCAGAAGGCGUGGAGGGAUUACGUGAAGUUUCGACACCUGUUGGCCAACAAGAAGAAGGUCUCAUACAUUGACAAACAGACACUCCUUCAGAAGGAGGAGAAGCUGCAGGAGAUGCGGAUGAAGAGCGACUUAAAGCGCGACGUGACUCAGCAAAGGCUUCUNAACUUCGGCACUAAUCCAGACCACGCGCGCAACGCGUUGACGAACUGCGGUAUACGUCAACCGCAAUACGGCGACCGACGCGUCCACUUCAUGAACACUAGGAAACGGGGCAUUAAUAUGUUGAUCAAUAUUAUGUCCCGAUUUGGGUGCAACGAAGAGACCACUUCUAACAUCAACCACAAUGAAAGGCUUGAGUUCUUGGGCGACGCUGUCGUCGAGUUUAUGUCAUCCAUUCAUUUAUACUUCAUAUUCCCGGACCUCGAAGAGGGAGGUUUGGCUACAUAUCGGGCGGCACUCGUCCAGAAUCAACAGUUGGCUGUUUUGGCUAAAAAACUGCAAUUAGAAAAGUUUAUGCUUUACGCUCACGGAUCAGAUCUGUGCCACGAUCUUGAACUUCGACACGCGAUGGCCAACUGUUUCGAGGCAUUAAUGGGCGCCUUAUUCCUCGACGGAGGGGUUGAAGUGUCCGAUCGGAUCUUCUCGAACACACUGUUUGGCGACGAACCGCCACUUCUGGACGUUUGGAUCAAUUACCCGAAACAUCCGCUCCAGAGUCAGGAGCCGACCGGCGAUCGGCAUUACAUCGAAACCAUUCCGCGUCUGAAGGAAUUGAUUAAAUUUGAAGACAUCACUGGUAUUGAGUUCUCACACAUCCGACUCCUGGCGCGUGCCUUCACUCACCGCAGCGUCGGUUUCAAUAACUUGACGCUCGGCUCUAAUCAACGCAUGGAGUUCUUGGGCGACACUGUUCUCCAGUUGGUUGCGUCGGAAUAUCUGUAUAAGUACUUCCCGGAGCACCACGAGGGACACCUGUCGCUACUCCGGAGCUCAUUAGUCAACAACAAGACUCAGGCGGUGGUGUGCGACGACUUAGCCAUGACGUCGAUCGCCAUCUAUAACUACGCGAAGGGCGAACUCAAGACGAAGGACAGGGCGGACCUGUUGGAGGCAUUCCUGGGCGCCCUAUAUGUGGACAAAGGGUUGUUGUUUUGCCGUACGUUUUGUGAGGUGUGUUUCUUUCCUCGUUUGGAGCACUUUAUUAUGAAUCAGGACUGGAAUGACCCGAAAUCAAAGCUCCAACAGUGCUGUCUCACACUCCGCUCCGUCGACGGCGGAGAGCCAGACAUUCCUGUCUAUAAAGUGAUUGAAUGCAGAGGUCCGACGAAUACACGCGUUUAUGUGGUGGCCGUCUAUUUCCGUGACCAACGGUUGGCCACCGGAACGGGUCAUAGUAUACAAGAGGCCGAAAUGAAUGCCGCCUCCAAUGCAUUGGAAUCAUCCAGAGAAUUAUUUCCACAAUUAAGUCAUCAAAAGAAAGUGAUAGAAAGAAGUGUCAAAUCAGUCAAAACUCAAUUCAAGACAUCGCGAGAGAAACGCCGCGAAAAGUAUAAGAAAUGCGAUUCCAAUCGAAACAGAGAUCAUAAGGAAAGAGACAAAAAAACAUUAAGACAUUCACUCCGCGCUCUCGACAAGUGA